CUGAAUCUUUUGACUCCCUCUAACAUGAUUCAUAUCUUGUUCUCUUUGUGUAGCCCAAUUAUCUAUUCUUCUCUUCACCUAAACCCAUUAAGAGUUUCAGGUGAUCGCGAAAAGGUGUAUUUACAAAGUGCUGAUUCAGACAUAUGCUUCAAGGACAAGGAAAGCAUAAGACGUGGGACAGAAGAAGAAGAAUAAAGGCGGACGACGCUUGCCUCGAAAUAGGGUGUCUACUAUUGUGACGCGACUUCAGUUACGGACAACAGGUGGCGCACAUCCCGGCAGUAACGGCAGGUUUGGUGUCAACCUCCCCGGCUCUCGUAGCGCAAGUCAUGGCGGGAGUCGGGUGAAUAAAGGACUGGGAGCUGACGAUAAAGGCCCCGCCCAGGCGCUCCCUCUCCCGCUGCUCCGCCGUUGUGUGUCGGAUUUUGAAGUAGUUCCUGAUCCCACCCCAUGGAUGGUGGCGACGCCGAGGCGCCGCUGGUGGCGGGCAACGGCAGCGGGGAGAAGGACCUCGACGCCGCCCUCCACUGCCUCGAGGGCUUCCUCUCCCUGCUCGGCUUCCCUGACUCCUCCUCCCGCGCCCGCCUCGCCGCCUCCUGCGUCGCGUUCCUCCUCCUCGGCGUCGCCGUCCCCUCCGCCGCCAUCUGCCUCUCCCGGUGCUCGCGGCCGGGCUGCGGUGAGUACGAGGUGCAGCAGUUCGAGCUGUGCGUCCUCGUGUCAGAGGCCUCCCUGGCCGCCGUCUCCCUAGCUUGCAUCUCGCGGAACCUCCUCAAGUACGGGAUCCGGAGGUUCCUCUUUGUGGAUCAGCAUCAUGGCCAGGUUGAGAGAUUCCAAAAGGAGUAUGUUUGCAAGAUCCAGGAGUUGUUUCGUUUGCUACUUUGGUGGAUACUACCCUGCUUCCUUGUGAUGACUGCCCGUGAAAUUGUCCGCUUUAUAUACAUCUUCCGUGAGUCCGCAUGGACAUCUGUUAUGGUUUUGGUAGCUUCAAUACUGUCAUGGGUUUAUAUGACAGUAAUUCUUUUAUCAGCUUGUUUGUUGUUCAAUCUAGUGUGUAAUUUGCAAAUUAUUCACUUUGAAGACUAUGGUAAACUUCUGGAAAGAGAUGUAGAUGCUUUGACAUGUUUGGAGGAACAUCUGCGCUUACGUUAUUAUCUUUCCAAAAUCAGCCACAGAUUCCGCAUAUUCCUCCUCCUACUCUUCUUAUUUGUCACAGUAAGUCAAUUUGUCACCCUUUUUCAGACCACUGGAUACAAUGGAAAGAUCAAUUUCGCUAAUGCUGGAGGUUUAGCAGUGUCAUCAGUUGUUCAAGUUGUUGUUGUGGUUCUUUGCUUAAAUGCAGCUUCUAAAAUUUCCCAUAGGGCUCAAGGGAUUGCAUCAUUAGCCAGUAGAUGGCAUGCUUAUGUAACAUGCUGCUCUACUGGUUGUCAAAUGCGUGCUACGAAUAGCUCAGGGAAUUUGGAGGCUAUUUUGGCAAGUUCCUCAUUAAUGGAUUUUUCAGAAAGUGAUUUGGAAUCAUUCGAAAAUGUGGCAAUGCAAAAUAAUGUGCAGUUAGCUUCUCUCAUAUCCUCAUAUCACAAGCGGCAAGCCCUUGAUUGGUUUCUCCUUUCUGUUGGUUGCAUCCUUAUGUUUCUGUUAUUGUAUUCACAGUUAUUUACCUACAGUCGAAUCCUGGGGGCAUUACAAUUUUUGGAUGGACAGUGGACCGGACGUUGCUCAACACCAUUUUCUUCCUCGAGUUGACACUGGUGCUUUUCGUGCUUAGUAAAACUAUUGUCUUGCCUUCCAUGUGACCUUCCAUCGAUGGAAUCCCCAAGUUUUGUCCCAAUUUAUGCACCCACAUAGCUCACGUAAGGUAAUAAUAUUCAUGAAUAAGUUCCAUGGCCGAUGUUAUUUCAUAUAUCUUUUCAUGGAUACUAAGAUGAGGCUACAAUUUGCAAGGAAGAGCAUGUCAUACUGUCAGCCUUGAUAUAAAGCACCGAUUGACCUGAGAUAAUGUGAUCCUUUUGGUUCAGAGUGAAUUAUGUAUGUACAAUCAUCCUCUUUUUUUUUUUUUUUUUGAAUUCAACUGAAUUUAAAUGCAUGUACAAAGUUCUUUGUAAAAUUUUCUUCCCUUGUUCACAAUCACAUAAUGAAAGGCUCCUGAAAUACUUGGCUUGAUCUAAA